AUGUUCUCUAUUGCCAGUGCCCCGGCGAAACAGUCGGUUGGUGAGACCAUCGACGUUCUAAGCGGUCGCCUCAGUUCAGCAACUUUGCUAGAAGACCGAAGAGCUGCAAUUCUGGGUCUUCGCAGCUUCGCCAAAGAUUAUCCAGCUUCUGUAGCUUCGGGUGCCUUAAGAGGUCUAAUAGGAAGUCUAAGCAAAGACGGCGAAGAUGUCGACACCGUCAAAGUGGUACUCGAGACGUUGUUAAUGCUCUUCAACCCUAAUGAAGAUAGUCCUGAAGCUUCGGAGGAGAUCGCCCUGUGGUUGGCCGACGAGUUCACUCAACGCCAAGAGAACAUUACGUUACUGCUCGAUUUCCUCGAAACAAACGAUUUCUAUUCCCGUCUAUAUUCUUUGCAAUUACUAGCCGCCAUACUUUCGGCACGUACAGAACGCACCGAGGAAUGUAUCUUCACUGCUCCCCUUGGUAUACCGCGGCUGGUUUCCGUCCUCGAUGACCAACGCGACGCUAUACGCAACGAAGCUAUUGUUCUCCUGACCUACCUCACACCGACAUCGAUCGAAAUACAGAAGCUGGUGGCUUUUGAGAAUGCUUUUGAAAGAUUGUUUGCCAUUAUCGAAGCCGAUGGAGCUCUCGUAGAAGGAGGUCGCACUGUUGAGGACUGCCUGAUCCUUUUGGCCAACCUCCUUCGGUCAAACAGCUCAAACCAGGCCCUGUUCCGGGAGUCGGGUUGCAUGAACCGCUUGUCGGAUUUAUUAGGUCGAGUUCUGAAACCUCAAACUGAUGGAUCUGAAAUCGCUUCGUGGGCAGCAGCGCAACGAAACCGAAAUGUCUAUGCUUUCCUCGCCGUCAUUCGUCUAUUUGUUGUCAGGGGCUCCGCAGGUACCUCAUUGAAUCAAACAGCUAUAUGGAAGCAUGGUCUUGCCUACCACAUUCUACAACUGGCCUUCAGCCAUGAAGCGCAAAUACAAAUCAAGGCCGAGGCUCUUGUCACUUGUGGUGAUGUGAUUCGGCAAAAUGCACCUCUUCAGGAGGCAUUUGCUCAAAUGAUGGUUUUGGCUCCUUUGGCUAAGAAUGGCACGGCUGAUGGACAGGCCAGCCAAGGCGAAAAGGUGUUCGUUAUCGACGGCUUAUUAGACCUGACAUUGUGUCUACAGGACCUCCAAGAAUUCGAUGUUCGUUUUGCGGCGGCUGAGUGCUUGCAAGCUUAUUUUUCACAUCACCCAGCUGUAAGACUGCACUUUCUUGGCCGCGCCAUUGAAGGACAUCAAUCCGGGGCCAACGAGUCUUCCAACGUUUUGACAGUUCUUCUGCAGCCUCCAGUUGAGUCCUCGGAUCCAUACAGGCAAUGGUUCGCUGCUGUGAUCACUUUCCAUCUCUUGCAUGAAAACUCGGAAGCCAAGUCAGAAGCCUUGGGCUUGACUGAAGGUGAUUCGGAAGACGGGGAAGAGGUUGUGACUGCCAUCCAAACUCUUUCAGCUCACGUUACGUCAGGCCUUCGUAGAGGUGACGAUACGCGGGUUUUGGUCGGUUAUCUUAUGCUACUCUUGGGCUGGCUUUUUGAGGAUCUCGAUGCAGUGAACGACUUUCUCGCCGAGGGAAGCAAUGUUCAAAGCCUGAUUCAAGCUGUUUCACAACCUCCAACCAUAGGCGGUGGCGAGAUCGUUCAGGGACUAUGCACUAUGUUGCUUGGUGUUGCUUACGAAUUCUCAACAAAAGACUCACCAAUUCCAAGAGCAACAUUACUCUCUAUCUUAACGGCUCGCAUAGAUCGAGAUGUAUACCUAGAUCGCCUAUCGAAACUUCGCAGCCACCCUUCUAUUCGUGAUUUCGAAGUCUUGCCUCAAAAGCUGGACGCUUCGUCUCCAGGGCGACUCCCCGAUGUCUUCUUCGACAGGGAAUUUGUUGAGUUCUUCAAGGACAACUAUAGCCGGAUAGCACGUGCUAUUGACAGAGAGCCCGGCAUGGAAAUAUCUGUCGUCACCAACGGUGUUCAGAAAGGUGUUUCAAGGGAACUUGUAGACUCUCUCAGGAGCCAGGUCGAGGAAAAGCAGAAUACUGUGAACGAGAUCCAGGAAAAGCUAGCAGUACUUCAGGGGCAGUUAGGACAGGAACAGGCGGAUCAUCGCAGAUCAAAGGAAACCGCUGCUCUAGAAAUGCAACGGGUCAAAACCGUGAAUGAAGGGUUACAAAAGCAUCAUAGCGAAGAGCUGCGGAAGCUUCAGGGCCAAUUGGUGUCCAAGGAGAAUGAUCAGCGUAAGCAGGUUGCUCAAUUACAAUCUCAAUAUUCGAUUAAGGAGAACGAGUAUCAAAAGCAAAUUGCUCAGCUGCGUUCACAGCAAACAGCACAAGAAAAUGACCAUCAGAAGCAGCUCGAACUAGUUCGGAAAGUGGCCGAGGCCGAAGCAGAGAAGAUUAGACGAAGGACGGAUGCGGAAGUGGCAGAUCUCAAAGCGAACAUCAGUCGUCUCGAAGUUGUUCUGAUGAAGUCCCAAAAGGAGUACAAUGCACUACAGCUGCAACGCAAGAACGAGAUAGAUAUGCAAAGAGAGAAAUAUGAGAAGGUGCUAGGGCAUCUUCGUCAGGAAUACGAAGACUUCAAGACCCAGUCUAAGGCUAAAGCAGAUGAGAAACAGGCCAGGUUCAAAGAGGAAUUGCAAGGCCUCUGCGAUAGAAAAGAUGCCGAGAUAGACGCUUAUCGAGACCAGAGUCAGGUGGACCUGGAGCAGCAGAAAUUGAAGACCAAGGAAGCAGAAGAGAAGUGCCAGAGCUUCAAGAAGCAGCUCAGCGGAGGGGACGCUGGAAAGAAGGGCUUGGAGGCUAAGCUCAGGAAUAUGGAAUCGGAACUGUCAGCUGCCAACAAAGCAAAGGACGCAGCCGAGAAGCAACUAUCAGAAUUGAAGGAGGCAGCAAAAGAGGAGGCCAAGAAGGCUAGAGAGGCGACUGAGAAGAAGCUGCAGGAGUCAAAUGAGGCUCGAGAGACCACUCAGUCCGAACUUGAUGACCUCCUGAUGGUAUUUGGCGAUUUGGAGGAAAAGGCUCGUCUCGUUGAGCUUGGAGAAACUGUAUCAGAUGGCGAAGACGAUGAUGGUGAGGAAGACGAUGACGAUGACGACGACGACGACGACGACGAUGACAACGACAAUGAAGGAGAAAAAGACGGCCAAGAGUCUGAGAAUAACGACGACGAAAAGGAAGAGACGAAACAGAAGCCGAAAGCCAAAAAAAUAUAA